AUGGACAAUUUCAUCAUAAAUAUUCCCUACAGCGACAUCAGUUCUUCUCCAGUGUCUCACGCCGGCAUAGCUCGCUGCCGCUACCGUUUCGUGGAGUGCAGCAGCUUCGUGCGUCGCGAGGCCCUCCGCGUGAUUGAGUUUGUCGACCUCCCCAAACAGCCUUACUCUACCGUUUCCUACGUCUGGCGCGGACUCAUCCGCGAUGAAGAAGACACGUCCCCGAUCAUGUCAGUUGACGGUGCCGAGGGUGCAGACCCAAUCUCCAUCGAAGUCUUUCGCCUCGCCUGCGUUGCCUCCCUCAAGCGUGGAUGCGAACUCCUCUGGCUCGACGGCCUAUGCAUCAUCCAAGCCGACGAUGGCGACAAAGCAUGGCAGAUUCAACGGAUGUACACCAUCUACGAGUCUUGCAAAACAUGUGUCAUCAUCCCAGGCGGCCUAUCUCGCCUCACGCGGAUAACUGACGAAACGUCGUGGAUGAGUCGAGCUUGGACGCUGCAGGAGGCCAUCGCGCCACCCUCCGCCGAUGUUCUCUUUGCAUGGGAAGGAGGCAGUUGCAGGCUGGACUCCAUGUUCACUGUGAUUGUUGAGGAGGUUGAGCCAAGCACCGCCGCGAUUUCGAACUUUGAGUGGUUGCUUGCCUUUCAAACUCGUGGUCGCUGCAGGAUGCAAUCGAUAGACGAGGAUGGAACAAGCAUUGGCGAGGAACGAGAAAUGAGGCAACCAUUUGGCUCCCAGUUCUUCGGCGGUGAUGGUGCUGCCUUUUCUGCGCUCACCGGCGCCCUGCAUAUGCGAGGCAAGAAAGGCCUUUCUGGUGCGAUUUGGCGCUCCUCGUUCGUACGCAGUGCCAAAUAUCCGGUGGACAUGGUGUUUAGCAUAAUGGGUAUCUUGGGUGUGUCGCUGGACACGACCAAAUUUUCGAAAGAUGAUAGAUUGGGCGCUACGGUUGCUCUGAUGAGAGAGUUGCUUGCUCGAGGCGAGCGGGCGGAGUGGUUGGCCAUUGCGACCAAGAUGGAAGUCAACCCCGACGCGUCCUUUCUUCCCAUCUUUCCCAAGCCGUCGCCAGCAGGGAAGCCUGUUAUUGACGUCGAUGGAAAGCUGGAAAGCCCAAGCAAGUACAUUAAUUCAGUAUGGAAUCUCGACGGUGGCCCCACUGGAGAAAUGACCGAUGCAGGCGUGUUUCGGUUCGAGGCACACACGGCUCGGAUUCGUCCCGGCUUGGACAAUCCGAGUACCGAAGAUGGAGCUUCGUCUUUCAAAUCGGCGAAGGAGGACAAGUGGGUGCUUGGCAAGUCGGAGGGCCGUGAAAUAUAUGCUGCAUUCGUUGGAACGAGAAGUGUAUACACCAACGGAUUCGUGCCUUCGGUCAGCACACUCCAAUCCCAUGUGCUCAUGCUGCUGGAAAGAGAUGGGGAAGGGCGGUUUUAUUGCAUCGGAUAUGCAGAGGUCGAGGGUCACCUCUUACAGGGUCCCAAUUGGUCAAUGCAAAAGUUGGAGAACGACUUUUCCAACUUGCUUUCCCUGCCAUACGAACUCGAUCGCUUCCUCGGACUUCUCGAAUAG